GUUGGUCCGUUGGUUUUCAUCGUUUUCAUCGAAGCCUUCUUUCCUUUCUGAUAUUGCUGGCUUAAAGAGCACGUGAAUAAAUAAGAACAACAAAAAAUGGAUAAACCAUCGGUUACUGCUCGUGUAAUUAAAAUUUUGGGACGAACUGGAUCCCAGGGGCAAUGUACUCAAGUUAAAGUUGAAUUUAUGGAUGAAACAAAUCGUCAAAUCAUCCGAAAUGUAAAAGGACCGGUACGAGAAGGUGAUCUUCUAACCUUACUUGAGUCUGAACGUGAAGCCAGAAGAUUAAGAUAAAUAUUAUUCACGUGGAAAAAAAAAUAAUAAAUUGAAGAAUAAAAGGUUAAAGCAAGCAUAACAUCCAACAUGUAAACGCCUAUUUUUCUUCAGUUUUUUUCCACAAGAAAUUAAAAAACAAAAAAAAAUGUGGUUACCAAUUUAUUGUUAAACUCAAGAUCCAAAAAUAUUUAUCUUCUUGAAGAAAUAUUAUUGAUUAAAAUUUAUAACUAUAUUAUUUGUAAAGCUAGAUAAUGCUACGAAAUUGUGUAUCAAUAAAAUUAAAUAAUUGGUAACCGUAAAAAAAAA